GUGAGGGACGCCUCUGGAUAACGUCAUACGCCGCGUUGGCUUUCAGCGCUGCAAAUUUUGUGUCCUCUCCUCCCCCAACCACACUCUGUUCGGUGCUGGAAAAGUUUGUGAUCUGGAUAAAUGUACGCAUACCUGGAAGAUUUAACAAUACAAGAAGAAGAUAGGGACUCCGAGCGUUGCCCCAAAGAGAGCAACAGCAUUUAAGGGAUGAUGCCCCGAAAAGAUUGUUGUUACCUAAGAGUUUUGCCAUUUCGCUAGCUGCAUCGCUUGAUUGUAUUCGCCCCUUUCUUGGAUGGUGUAGCCUAUUAGUUUUGUGGGAUCCUAAAAGCUGUUGAAGAAAUGGCGGAAACUAAAAUAAUUUACCACAUCGACGAAGAGGAGACGCCGUACUUGGUGAAGAUUCCUAUACCAUCAGAACAGAUCACUCUACUGGAUUUUAAACAGGUCUUAAACAAGCCAAACUAUAAGUUCUUCUUCAAGUCCAUGGAUCAGGAUUUCGGGGUUGUCAAGGAAGAGAUCUCAGAUGAUGCUGCAAAACUGCCCUGCUUCAAUGGACGAGUAGUCUCAUGGCUUGUGUCCUCAGACUCCCAGCCUGUGGAGCUCCUUCCCCCUCCUCCACCUCCUCCGCUGCCUCCUCCUCCAGUGGAGGUGUGUCCAGAACCCUCUCCUCCGCCCCCUCUUCCACCUCCACCUGCAGAGAGACUCGGCGGCAUAGGGGACUCCAGGCCACCCUCAUUCCAUCCAAAUGUGACCGGUAGUGUGGAGAACCUUGAUGACCGCACAGAGACCGAAUCUGUGGUGUCCUUCAGAAGGGAGAGGCCCAGGCGCAGAGAGAGCAUGGACCAGCACGGGCCUCGGGUGAAUGGCCAGACCCGUCUGGAGCGCCACCUGGCUGGCUACGAGAGCUCGAGCACCAUGAUGAGCAGCGAGCUGGAGACCACCAGCUUCUGCGACUCCGAGGACGACGACACCAUGAGCAGGUUCAGCAGUUGCACGGAGCAAAGCACAGCCUCCCGGCUGCUGAAGAGACACCGGAGGCGGCGAAAACAGCGCCCUCCAAGGCUUGAGCGGGCGUCAUCCUUUAGCAGUGUGACAGACUCCACCAUGUCACUCAACAUCAUCACAGUCACCCUCAACAUGGAGAAGUACAACUUCCUGGGUAUCAGCAUCGUGGGGCAGAGCAACGAGCGUGGCGACGGCGGCAUCUACAUCGGCUCCAUCAUGAAGGGAGGGGCUGUGGCGGCCGACGGACGCAUAGAGCCGGGAGACAUGCUGCUGCAGGUGAAUGACAUCAACUUUGAGAACAUGAGUAAUGACGAUGCAGUCCGAGUCCUGAGAGACAUAGUUCACAAGCCUGGGCCUAUUAUCCUCACUGUGGCUAAAUGUUGGGACCCUUCACCCCAGGGUUACUUCACCCUACCUCGCAAUGAGCCAAUCAGGCCGAUUGACCCGGCGGUGUGGGUGACCCACGCUGCAGCUCUGACGGGAGGCGCCUACCCUACAUUUCCCCCACCCUCCGUCGCUGGGACCGAACCGGGCUUUGAGGACUUUAACCUGUCUCUGCACUCGGACAUGGCGUCGGUGGCCAAAGCCAUGGCCUCACCAGAGUCCGGGUUGGAGGUGCGAGACAGGAUGUGGCUGAAGAUCACCAUCCCCAACGCUUUCCUGGGCUCGGAUGUGGUGGACUGGCUCUUUCAGCACAUUGACGGUUUCAAAGAUCGCCGCGAGGCACGGAAAUACGCCAGCAACCUCUUGAAGGCUGGCUUCAUCCGUCACACCGUCAACAAAAUCACUUUCUCUGAGCAGUGCUACUACAUCUUUGGAGACUUCAGUGACUGUGAAAACUACAUGGCUAACCUGUCCUUGAAUGACAAUGAUGGCUCCAGUGGUGCAUCCGAUCAGGACACACUGGCCCCGCUGCCUCUCCCUGGGGCCACCCCCUGGCCAAUGCUCCACACAUUCCCCUACCAGUACCCCCACCCUUACACCAGCCAGCCCCCACCCUACCAUGAGCUCUCCACUUACAACUACACCCCUGGCAGCACGGGCAGCCAGCACAGCGAAGGGAGCCGAAGCAGCGGUUCCACACGUAGCGAGGGCGAGCGACGGCGCGGCAGCAAAGGGGGCGGGAGCACCAGCGGCCGGGAGGAGAAGUCCCCUCUGGGCGGGGCCGAGUCCCAGUCGGGCAGUGGUGGCAGCGAAUCCGAGUACUCGGUGCGCAGCAGCCGGAGGCGGGACCACGGCUCGGCCACGCCCAGCGAGCACAGCCACAUGAGCCAGCGGUCGCACCACCAGCGCAUGCCCCAGCCGCCACCCCACAUGCCCUACCCGCCAGGCAUCCCCUUGUCCUACAACCCCAUGAUGCUCAUGAUGGUGCCCCAGCACCCGCAUGUCAUCGGGGCCCCCCACCCACAGCUCCCCACAGGGCCCUCGCCGCUGCCCGGCCUCCCACUACCCUCCUCCACCCCUGGAGGCCCGCCGGGAGCACCACCCACCCGUGACCUCGGCUCGGUCCCACCAGAACUCACAGCCUCCAGGCAGUCCUUUCACCUGGCCAUGGGCAAUCCCAGUGAGUUCUUUGUGGAUGUCAUGUAGCCAGAGCAUGGCAUGUAGAUGUUAAUGUAAAUGUAAUGGAAUGUCACAACAUGACACUGUACAGAAACUCAAAGCAGUGAGUGCUUGAAGAUGGCUAUGAUGCUGGACACACUCUACUGCUGGAGGUUUACACCUAAAUACCACAAGAUUGUUAGAUCAACUCACAUAGCGAUAGCUGUUUGCACUGUCAGACUGUACAUUAUUGGACAGUUAUCAGUCAGUCUCCGGUGUGUGUUCUCAACUGGAAUGGUUAUUUGGUCAUAUCAACCCGUCCCACUGGAGUUGUGUGUGUGUGUGUGUGUGUCUGUGUGAUGCAAGGUUUGUGGACUAAAAGGUUAAACACAUAUUUCCCUGACUUUUCUAAAGCACCAAGUGAAAGAAUUGCAUCUAGAAUACAACUGGUUAGUUUUGAUGGACCCAGAAUCUUGACAAUGUCCACUGAAGUAGUGGCUUUGUGGUUGUGAAAUUCCAUUUUCAGUCCGAAAUUUUCAUAACUCGUUGUUUUUUUUAUUGGAGAUGUUUUAAGAUGAAAUGUCAUUUUGUCAUAUGCAUACAACGGACCAAAGCAAAUCAGGUUCAUAAUACUAGCUUUUAGAUAUGUUAGGUAAGUACAAGUAUAACUGUGAUAGCUUGGUACAAGAAACUUGAGGUCCAGUGAGUUUUCUACAUCCCUGGUACGUUUGAUGAGGAGAAUGUAAGAAGUUGUUUCUUUCAGGUUUCUGACAUCUGAUCUUAGAGGGAUGAGAAAGCACUACUACUAAUCAAAGAAUAGUUGUAAUCCUUUCUCCCUAACUGAAGUGAAGAGAAUAUUCUAUGUCAUAGUGGUUUUGACAUUGACUUGAAAAUCACACUACUUCAGAUUUUUUUUUUCAGGUUCAGAAAUGAGUGACCAGUUUCCUUUCUUGGUAAUACUUUCUCAUAUAGCUGUUGUCAUAGCAGCAGUUCUGUUAUUACAUCCAUCAAUCAUCACUACCACAAAUUAUGUUAAUUGCAAAGCCGUGUAACAGUCAUGUUUUCAUAGUUAUUUUAUCUAGCUAAAAUGGCAACAAGCUCCUAUACUGGUGUAGUGUGAAGGGAAAGCCAACCUACAUACACUACAGUGUCAGAUAUGGGUCAGAAAUUGCAUGGUUGUACACACAGUGACAUUUCAAUAGCAUCAAUAGUUUCAGUAGGUUCACUGUGGGAAUGUCACAUGCUCAAUGAACAUGUUUGUGAAAUCUGACUUUUUGUUACUCUUGUAUAUUCGGGUCUGAAAGGUACCCAACUCUACAGCUGGAAGAGAUUACCUGUUAUUAUCCUGCCAUCGACCAAAUAGCUGCAGUUAAGGUCAAGCACGUGUUUGAGUAGUUCUGUUGUUGUAUAGUCUUUAAGUAUUGUGAUAGCAAUGGUACAGGAAAAAGCAGAAGGAGCUGAACUGAAUCAUCUUGGUGCUCUUCGCUGGUUUGUACUCUAGACCCAGCACAUCCUUAGAUCUGACAAAAGAAAAGAAAGUUUUGAUAUUAAAUGCUGGCAAAGCUGGAUAACCUGAUAAAUACUCUUAUUUAUUGCAGCUCUUGUAGCCUACUUCAGUGUAUUACUGUAUUAGAACCAAAUUAUGACUCUUUAUUAUUGGACACCUUUUUGUACUGCCCAAGUCACGUGUGGUCCAAGCACAGAACCUGUUGGGGUGAACUAUGUGGAGCGGGGACCUAGAAUCUUUAAGGACAGAAUUUUAAGCAUAGACUGUGUUCAUUGUGUAGUAUUUUGGGAACAGCAUAGUGGGCUAAAGAGAAUGCUGACAUGUUUUGAUGAUAAUAUUAAUACUAGUCCCAUUCACCAGAGCAUUUUAUAAAGUAUGUCUGAGUAAAGACUAUUUUAUUGACUAUUGGAAAGUUAACCAUGGGAAUCCAGUAUGUAUCUUAAAGGCAUCCUGAGUUGCGUACAGUUUGAAUAUGUAUUAAUAUAUGUACCCUAAAAUAAAGGCGUGACAUGAAGAGAUUAAACCUUGUUAUGUUGUGAACAACAGUGUAGUAUAACUACAAAAGCCUUUUUACUUUUACCAUGUUUGUCUCAUAAUAUCAAAUGUUUGAAAUAAAUGUAUUCUAGCUUGA